GUGUGUGUGUGUGAAAUUUAAUAUCACAAGGAAAGAUGGGAAUGAUGGAGGAGUGGGGGCAAGAGAGAGAAAAACAGAGAGAGAGAGAGAGAGAUGGAGCAAGAGAGGAACAGAGAGACAGACAGAGAGAGAGACAGACAGAAACAGAGAGAACAAGGGAGGUGGGAGGAGCAAAUGAUGUGAAAGGGAGAGAGAGAGAGAGAAGGAGAGAGAGAGAGAGAGAAGGAGAGAGAGAGAGAGAGAGAGAGAGGGAUCAGUUUACCACCGUGACCAGCAAACACAACAGAGUGAGUGUGAGUGUGUGAGGACGUUUGUCAAGUGUAUACAAGUGUGUGUGUGUGUGUGUGUGUGUGUGAGUGCGUGCGCGUGUGUGUGUGUGUGUUUGUAAACAGUGUCUCGGAGAACCAGCAGAAUCAGCAGUAUGCAGAACGUCCCUGAAGAAUGGACAGAAACGGAGGAGAGGAGAACAUCAGAUGGAGGACAGAAGGAGCAGACGGAGGAGUGUGAGACGCUGAUGAUGGAGCUGAAUCGUCUCGUCCAGAAGACUGUGAGGGACAGCAGCUGGUGGGACAGGAGAGGACUGGACUGCACCAUCCUGGCUUCGGCUUUCAUCAGCCUGCCCACAGCGUUCCUGCUCUUGUCCUCGUCUCAGGUGUGUUACUUCCUGUUGGGCUUGAUUCUGAUGGGCGUGGCUCAUGCAGUGAUCACAGUGAAGGGAACUCACCUGGCCAGUCAUGGAGCUCUGAGCGAGUCCACAGCCUGGGGACAGUUCUGGGCCGUUUUCUUCAUCGAGGUGUGUGGAGCGUUCACGGCGAAAGCGGGUGUGAAAGCACACAUUAAGAUGCAUCACGCUCACACUAACGUGAUCGGACUCGGAGACUCGAGCACGUGGAAGAUUCCGUUCCUGCCCCGAAGUGUUUAUCUGUUCGUCGCGCCGCUCGCUGUACCCAUCAUCACUCCUGUAGUGGCCAUGGGGCAGCUGAAAGGCCAGCCUCUGUGCACAGCAGUGCGUACAGUGGUGUGUGUGUGUGUAGGUGUGUGUUGUCACUAUGCACUGCUGCGGUGUGUAUCGGGGUUGGAGUGUAGCUCAGCGCUGCUGGUGAUGCUGCUGAGCAGAGCCAUGUUCUCCAUCCCCUACAUCCACGUCAACAUCUUCCAGCACAUUGGGUUGCCGAUGUUUUCUCCAAAUCGUCGGCCCAAGCGUAUCUACCAGAUGAGCCACGGUGUGUUAAACCUGCCGCGGAACCCGCUGUUGGACUGGACCUUCGGCCACUCGCUCAUCAACUGCCACGUGGAGCAUCACCUGUUCCCCUCGCUGUCCGACAACAUGUGCCUCAAGGUGAAGCCAAUCGUGUCGCAGUACCUGAAGGCGAAGGCGUUGCCGUAUCAGGAGGACGGUUAUCUCUCUCGCCUGCGUCUCUUCUUCCACAAGUACCAGGAGCUGAUGGUGUUUGCUCCACCUAUCACUGAGCUGGUGGGGGUGCAGUGACGGAGAACCACAAGAACCGUCACAAAUCCUCAUAACCAAGACACUUCAUGUCAUAUCUGACUAACGUCGACGUUCUGAUCAUGAUGAUCCAAACACACACACACACACACACACACACACAGACUGUAGACACCACGGCUUCCAUGACUUUAACCACCAAAGACCAAUCUAAAUAUUUAGGGCCUGAGAUAGAGAACAUAGUGUGUAUUAGUGAAGCCCCUACUAUAGAUGUGCGUAUUACACAAAAGUAAGUGCCCCCCUCCCUAUACACUAUCAGUAGACAUCGACUUUUCCUGAAGCUCUUUUUUCCUUUAGCAGGAACAGAAUCAAAAGUAUUUAGUUUUCUUCAGAGAACAUCUGCGUUUUCUUACUAUAACACAUUUUCAGCUCCUUACAAUUAAAUGACAAAAAUAGAUCUGCUAGAGUCACUUCACUCAACUUUUGUUUAACUAAAACAGCCUAAUCUAGUACACAGUUUUAGGGUUUUAUUAAGGGAACUGGCAAACAAACCCAAAAACAUGAAUCAAGGCGUAAACAGUGAACAGGCUGAGGUUAGGCGAUCGGCAAACAGCAGCGUCAGGGACAAUCCAAAAUACAAAAAAAUAUCACAACGCAGUAUAAACGGCUUGGUGAGAUCAGGUACACACACACACACACACACACUGAGCGUUACUUCACGUCGAGUGUGAGUUUGUAACUCCUAUUUAAGUGACUGGGAAUGUGACAAAGUGCACGUGUUAUGGGAAGUGUAGUCCAGGGCGGCCAUGUUUGUAGGCCAGGGUGGGUUCUGGGAAACGGAGUUCGUAGCCGGUACCUGUUUUGACCUGACACACAGCUCGCUAAUGAGCAUCAAGAAAGCUGAUAACUAGCUGAAAACUGUCCAUGUUCAAAUUAAAGUCUUUUUUUAUUUAUUUAUGCUAAUCACUUGUGAUGUAGUAACGCAACAAAUCCACAUGAUUAGCUCCAGUAAAUUUCUCGGACCAAUCACUGUCUUUAUUUCCCAUUUAACAAAGUUACACCUGCGGUUUUAUCUGAAUUUACUUACUCUAUUAAACUACAUUUUAAACAUCAGUAACACUGUGAUGUGUAAAAGCGUACAUUCUGGAUAUGUAUUAUUGUAAUUUAAAAAUAGCUGGACAGGCCACACCCACAAGAGAUAAUUAGUGCGUUAAUGUAAUUUUAUCUGCUUAUUUCUGUAACACAAACACAAAAACUGAGCAAUACAUCGAGUGAAGCAAAAAAUAAACAGUUAUGAUGCUUGUAAACAAAAAUGCACUUCUCUUAGUGAGCAAAAAUCAGCAAACAUGCAGCUAGGAGCUAGCAGCUAGGAGCUAGGCUAACCGUGCUAACGGAGUACUUAUACAUUUGGUUAUGAGUACAUUUUUGAAUGUUGAGGUUGAAUACUAUUUUAACCUUUUUUUUUUUUUUUUGACUGAGCCAGUUAAAACACUGCUUGUGAUCUUUAAUAAACAUGAAGCUAAAAUUAAAAUGUUUGGUACGUUAUUGUGGCUUUGCACACAAAGUUUUGUGUAUAUUGAUUUUUUUUCACAGAUUCACUCAGAA